GGGCUUUGGGCAUCUCCGGACUGGGCCCUUCCCCAUCCCCACAAGGCCCAACAUGGCCCCGCGUUGCCGUGGUAACGGUCACUUCCGGCGGUGACACCACGCCUCUUCCGGUCACGUGCGGCGAAGAUGGCGGCGCCCGCGGCGGGGCCGGUGCCGGUGCUGCGGAUCGUGGCCGAGUGCGGGCGGAGCCGCGCCCGGGCCGGGGAGCUGCGGCUGCCGCACGGCACCGUGCCCUGCCCCGUGUUCAUGCCCGUGGGCACCCGCGGCACCGCCAAGGGCCUGACGGCCGCGCAGCUGGCGGCGCUCGGCUGCCGCAUCUGCCUCGGCAACACCUUCCACCUGGGCACGCGGCCGGGCUCGGAGCUGGUCCGGCGCUUCGGGGGCCUGCACGGUUUCAUGGACUGGCCGCACAACCUGCUGACGGACAGCGGCGGCUUCCAGAUGGUUUCGCUGCUGGAGCUGUCGCAGGUGUCGGAGGAGGGGGUUCGCUUCCAGCCCCCCCACGGCGGGGAGGAGAUCCUGCUGAGCCCCGAGAAAUCCAUGGAGAUCCAGAACGCGCUGGGGGCCGAUAUCGUGAUGCAGCUGGACGAUGUCGUGAGCAGCACCACAAAGGGGCCGCGCGUCGAGGAGGCCAUGCUCAGGUCGGUGCGCUGGCUCGAUCGCUGCGUGGCUGCCCACGGGCGCCCCGAGCAGCAGCUGCUCUUCGCCAUCGUGCAGGGGGGGCUGGAGCCCGAGCUGCGCCUGCGCUGCAUCCGAGCCAUGACCCAGCGGGACGUGCCCGGCUUCGCCAUCGGGGGCCUGAGCGGCGGCGAGGCCAAGGCGCAGUUCUGGCGCACGGUGAAGCUGAGCACCGAGCACCUGCCCCGGGACAAGCCCCGCUACCUCAUGGGCGUGGGCUACGCCACCGACCUGGUGGUCUGCGUCGCGCUGGGCUGUGACAUGUUCGACUGCGUGUUCCCCACCCGCACGGCGCGUUUCGGUUCCGCCCUGGUGCCCUGGGGGUCCCUGCAGCUGAAAAGUCGGCGAUUCGCCAAAGACUUCCGGCCCAUCGACGCCGCCUGCGGCUGCCCCACGUGCCAGAGGUACUCCCGGGCGUACCUGCACGCGCUGCUGCGCUCCAACACGGCCGCGCUGCACCUGCUCACCCUGCACAACAUCGCCUACCAGGGACAGCAUCCUGCGGCAGCGCUUCCCGGAGUUCGUGCGGGAGUUCAUGGACACCAUGUACGGGGGGCGGGGGGGACCCCCGGCCUGGGCUCGGGAGGCCCUGGAGGCUGUGGGGAUCACCCUGGGCUGAGGGGAGCCCCCGGAUCCCUGGGGAACCCCCCAGACCCCUGGGAACCCCCUGGAUCCCUGGAGAACCCCUGGAUCCCUGGGGAACCCCCCAGAUCCCUGGGAACCCCCCUGAUUCCUGGGAACCCCCCUGGAUCCCUGGGGAACCCCCCAGGGCCCUGGAGAACCCCUGGAUUCCUGGGAACCCCCCUGGGAACUCCCCCAGGAUUCCUGGGGACCCCCUGGAUCCCUGGGAAUGCCCCCCGAGAUUCCCUGGGGAGCCCCCCCAGUUCCCAGGCCCCACCCUUCCCCCCCCGUGUAUUUUUAAACGGUUUUUUUUUGGUAUUUUUUUACUAUUUUGGGGUUUUUAAGGGGUGGGAAAUAAAAGAGUUUGGAAGGGAAAUGGCUCACGUGGUUCCCUAAAUGGGGCUGGGGGUCCUAAAUG